UGGAGUUGAAAAGGCAGUUUCUUUCAAGGAUGAUGAUAAGGACGAUUUUGGCAUUGAAGUUGAUGGGUCGGAAAUUGAAGGAGAAGACGGUGAAAUUCAGCCGGGAAUUACCAAAUUCAGCGAAGGUUGUAGAGCAUGUAGGAUUGCCUUUAUGAGUAUUAUGAAGAAGACUAUAUCUGAUGAUUCAAUGGUGGAAGAGAAGGGGGCAUGUCAAGCCUGCUUAUUAUUUAGAUGCACAUGAAAGUUUCUUAUGGGGGUUGCUACAAAAGGAGGUUAACAAGGCACAAAAUGCACAGAAAGGAUUAGAUCCUUCAAGAACAAAAGAUGCAAAAGUGAUAAAGAGGCGGAGAAAAGAAGCCUUCUUUUCUAAGUUAGGCAAGACACCAGUUUCUGUUUCUGACCCUAAUGCUAAGGUUCAUAAAUCUUCAGGCGCAGUGGAUAGUGAAGGGCCCUCUUGGGCUCCAUUACGUGAUAACUUCAUGCUAACAAAUUCCAAGUUGAAAGACUGGGAUAGGAUGCCAGAUAAAGACGCAGCAGAUGAUAUUGGGAAGAUGUCUGAAGAUAGUGGUUCUGAUGAUGAUUGAUAUUGUUGACAUAGUAUUUUUGCUGGAAAAACUCCACGUCAACUUGGGGAAAUUCAUAUAAUGAUAUAAUUAUUGCACAGGAAAACAUCACUUUGAUUUCUUUUUGUAAUGCAUUAUUUGAAAGGUUGAAGCAGAAUGGUAUUUGAUUGUUUCCACUUGGAUUUUUUCUUACUUCUUUCAUGGAAUAGAGAUGGUACAUUUGAUCA